AAUGCCUCGCUACGAUGAGCGUGAUCGUUACGGUGGCAACACAAGGCUGUACGUGGGUCGUCUUCCCUCGCGCACCCGCACAAGGGACCUCGAAGACCUCUUCGGCAGAUAUGGGAGGUUUUGGGGGCUUACCCAACCUCGGUGUCCAUGGUGGAUUGGUGGGAGGGUGCCCUUGGUGGAAUUGGUGGCUAUUCUCGCAAAGUUUCUAGCAGACUUUGGCGAUUGUUUUCAAAAAUAUAUUGCCUGUUUUAAUGGAAAUCACAAUCAUGCCUGGUGUUUAGUUCAUUCUGCGUGGUGAUACAUUUCUCUACUUGCGUCUUGAUGGUGUUACUGUUUCCGGAAACCAUUUCCACAGAGUGCGACAUGUGGAUAUGAAGCACGAGUUUGCAUUUGUUGAGUUUAGUGAUCCCAGGGAUGCUGAUGAAGCAAGGUACAAUCUUGAUGGUCGUGACUUUGAUGGAAGCCGCAUGAUUGUUGAGUUUGCUAAAGGGGUUCCGCGUGGCCAAGGAGGAGGAGGUGACCGUGACCGUGGUGGCCGUGGUGGUGACCGUGAAUAUAUGGGUCGGGGACCUCCUCCUGGUUCUGGGCGUUGCUUUAACUGUGGGAUUGAUGGGCAUUGGGCUCGGGACUGCAAAGCUGGCGACUGGAAAAACAGGUGCUAUCGUUGUGGAGAUAGUGGCCACAUAGAAAGGGAUUGUCAGAACAGCCCUAAGAACCUCAAGCGUGGAAAGAGUUACUCCAGAUCUCCAUCUCCUCGCCGCGGAAGGGUGCGUGAUAGGAGCUACAGCAGGAGCCGCAGUAGGAGCUACAGCCGCUCUGUUUCCCCAAGGAGGGAUGAAAGGCGAUCAAGGAGCCCUCGCGACAGUCGCAGCCCAAGGAGGAGCCCCCGUGACAGUCUCAGCCCCAGGAGGAGCCCCCGCAACAGUCGCAGCCCUAUGAAGAGCCCCCGUGGCAGUCGCAGCCCUAUGAGGAGCCCCCGUGACAGUCGCAGCCCUAGGAGGAGUGCUUCACCUGCCAAGGGGAGGGCCCGGAGCCCCACCCCUCCUGGCAGCAGGAGCCCUGCACCAAGGGAUAACAGCAGGAGCCCAAUGAAGGCUGACAGCCCUAAAAACAUGAGCCCAGCUGCCAAUGGUCGUAGCCUGAGCCCCAGGGACGGCGAAGACAAUGGCCACCACCGUGCACCCAGUGGAAGUGCAUCACCCGGUGGUGGUUAGAGAUGGAUCGAAAUCCUUCAAGCUUUCACCCAGUGGAACUGCAUCACCUGGUGAGGGUCGAGAGAUCGAUCAAAUUCUUCCUACGGUUAUGAAACUCUCCAAACAUGUUGAACAAAGACUUGCCUGUACGAGUUUGAUUUUAUCGUGUACUCUAUUUCGGUAUUGAUACUCCAGUCAGACCAUAAUAUCUGUUGUACUAUGUGCACAUGGAAUCAUUUUGCAGUUUCAAAUAAUCUUUUUGUGCUUAA